AUGAGUGCUGCUGAAGAGGAAAAGAAACUCCCCGUCGAGGAUGGCCAGCUUUCACCGGCGAGACGAGGAAGCGUCGAAGAAGGCGAUGUCCUUGAGAAUGUGCUGGGUUACAAGCAGGAGCUGCAUCGCAAUCGUUCCAUGUUCACCCUGCUAUUCCAGUCAUUAGCAAUUGCCGCAAUCCCUUACGGAGAGGGAAGUCCUUUGCUUUCGGCCAUAUAUGGCGGAGGUCAAUUGUCCAUCUUUCUGGGCUGGAUCAUUGUUCUCAUUCUGGACCAAUGCGUUGCAAUGUCAUUGGGCGAACUGGCGAGUCGAUAUCCAACUUCAGGAGGCCCGUCAUAUUGGUCCUUCCAGGUCGCGCCGAAAUUCAAGACUCAGCUGGCCUACUUGACAGGCUGGACGUGGUUGAUUGGGAACUGGACGAUCACCCUCUCAGUUAAUUUUGGAUUUGCGUCGUUGCUGUCUGGGACAAUAGCCAUGUACCAUCCGGAUUUUGUCCUCAACGACUGGCAGUUGCUGUUGGUCUUUUACGCCGUAACGCUCUCGACGCUCGUGAUAUGUACCUUUUGCAAUCGAUGGCUACCAAUUGUAGAUACGAUAUGCGCUGGCUUUACUGCGUUUUCAAUCUUGAUCAUCUUGAUUGCGCUCUCUGUCCAGGCCAAGGCGGGUAGACAUUCUGCAGCGUACGCCUUGGGCAACUACGACGACAGUCUGAGUGGAUGGGGAGGCUUCUCGUGGUUUAUUGGUUUGCUUCCAGCUGCCUACACCUUCAGCGCGCUUGGAAUGAUAUCGUCGAUGGCUGAAGAGUGUGCGGAUCCUACCGUUAAGGUACCGCGCGCCAUUUCUCUGUGCAUACCGGUCGGUGGCUUCUGGGGGCUUCUGUUCAUCCUACCCAUCUGCUUCACGCUUCCUCCGUUGGCAGAUAUCCUGGAGGCUCCAGCAGGCCAGGCUCUGCCGUAUAUUUUCGCAAGGGUCAUGGGAAGUCCUGGAGGCGGUCUUGCCCUGAUCUUCUUCGUUUUGGUCAUAACCAUCUUUUGUUCGAUCUCGAUUACCACCGCGGCUUCUCGCUGCACUUGGGCCUUUGCUCGCGACGAUGCUAUUCCUGGGGCGAAGCUGUGGGCACGAGUGGACAAGAAGCUCGGAGUUCCUGUCUGGAGUCUGGUCCUCAUCACAGUCGUGCAAAUGCUCCUUGGGCUCAUAAACCUGGGCUCGACAGCUGCCUUCACAGCGUUCGUCUCAGUCGGCGUGCAGGCGUUGGCCUUGAGCUAUGGCAUUCCAAUUGCCAUCAGCUUCUGCUGUGGCCGGCGGGCUGUGAUGCAGGCCAAGUGGCAUCUCAGUCACGGAAUUGGAUGGGUCGCCAAUGUUAUCGCACUUGCGUGGAUCGGCUUCGAGCUGGUGCUAUUCUCCAUGCCGACAGCUCUGCCGGUCACAGCGACUUCGAUGAACUACGCGAGCGUGGUCUUGUUUGGGUUUCUGGCCAUUGCCGCUGUGUGGUAUGGCGUGUACUCGCGGAAGUCGUACCAGGGCCCUCCUGCCAGCGAGGGAUUGUAG